AAGGGAGGGGUUAGAGGAUGAGGAAACAACUCCCUCUCAGCAGGACUACUUAGAGCAGAAACAGAUCCAGCUACAACACGGUCGCAGCCCAUCAUAACAAAAUGCACCUCCUCGCUCUGAUCUUUGGGAUUGUCCUUCUCCCUAAAGCUCAAACCCUGAAAUGUUAUGAGUGUUUGCCGGAAGGUGGGGGGUCCUGCACGGACAAACAAAAAGAGUGCCCUGCUGCAGGGUAUCAGUGUGGCGCGAUGAGUAUUACCUCGUAUGCAGGUGGUGCAAAAAUUGUUGAUAUGAACAUGAAAACCUGCACUUUGCCAGACCAGUGUUUCGAGGGCUCACUCAACUUCGGAAUUUCCAAAACUGUAGUUGCAACAAAGUGUUGCACUACCGAUCUGUGCAACAGCAAGCCUGCCGCUGAGCCUGGCAAAACCAAUCCCAAUGGCAAGAAGUGCUAUUUCUGCAACGGGAACACGUGCACCGGAACGCUGAACUGCGAGGGGAAUGAGGACCACUGCAUCACAGGAGCAGUGGUCGUUGGAAAUCAAAAGACGAUCGUGAAGGGCUGCGCCUCCAAGCUGAUUUGCUCAGGUGUGGGCAAUCCACAGAUUCAAGGAUUAAUUGGAGCUGAUAUUAGCUGCUGUCAGGGCAACUACUGCAACAGCGCCAGCAGCACAAGUGCUGGCCUCCUGCUGCUGGUGACACCACUGGUGUCUCUGCUCAUGUUGUCUUAGCUGAUGGAGACCGCAGCACUGCUCACUACUUCUUUCCAUUUCACAUUCCCUAAAAGUGGUCAGAGUCUUUAAUUUCACUUCCAAAAAUGAUUUAGAGAAGUUUUGGGUUGCCUUUCUCUCCUCUCUCAUACAGUUUGUAACCUGCUUAUUUCCCCUGUCAUAUGCGUUGAGUUAAUUGUAAGCAUCAGCGCAUGGCUUUUUAUCUGAAGUAAAACAAAAAGAAUGUCAAAACAUGUCGCUCUCUCAUUUUUCUUAGUUGUGCUUUUAUUCACCUGAAUACAAUUUAAGUCGCAUUUAUGAUAAAUAUUGUGAUGUUACUGUUGAACCACAGAAAUAAAUGUCCUAAAAUUCCCCA